CCGCCCGACUCCGGCCCGGGACACGUCUGCGGCGCGGAGCGGCUGGGGACUGUCGAGCCAGGUUGGAGAAUUCUGAGACUCCCCAGACCCCAAACUGCGAGCUGGGAGGUGAGAUUCACUGGCCUGAGCUCUGACCAUCUUUCUGGAUCCCAGAGGCUUCAAUCCCUGACGUCAAGACUCUCCUCUUAACCCUGUGCCCCCAUGAUGGAGCCCCAGGAGAGUAGCAUCAGGUACAGCAGGUGGGAGAACAGCCACCCGGAUGAAGUCCAUGUGGCCAGCGGGCCCAGCACAGAGGAGGCCUCAGGCUGGCAGAGGGUCUCCCAGAAGCUGUGCUCGGGCAAGCUGGGCAUCGCCAUGAAGGUGCUGGGGGGCAUGGUCCUCUUCUGGGUCGUGUUCAUCCUGGGCUACGUCACUGGCUACUACGUGCACAAGUGCAAGUAAACGCUGCCCAGACACACCCCCAGGUGCAAGGCUGGAGGGACCCCCUGUGUGCGAGAACCCUUCCAUGUGCAUGGACCCACCUGCCUACACAGACCAUGGUGUACCCAGAGUCCUGUAUAACAGCCCCACUGUCUAUACACAGCCCCCACCGUUUAUACACAGCCCCUCCUGUUUUAUACACAGCCCCCCCGUGUAUACACAGCCCCCCCGUGUAUACACAGCCCCUCCUGUUUUAUACACAGCCCCCCCGUGUAUACACAGCCCCUCGCCAUGUAUACAGGCAUUCCUUGCACCAAUGCACAGAUUCCAGGGACUCGCAUGGACACCGGUGUGCACAGCUGUCACAGGCACCCACAGACAUACAGCCAAACAGGGAUACAGGUACAUGGGAGCACACACACGCAUGCCUGGCGCAUACCCACCCAGGGGCCCACGUGACUGGAAGACCAGUCCCAACCUGACUGCAGGACACACCCAGGCUAGGCCUGCAGCCCAGGGCCCCCAAACCACCCUUCUCUCCCUACUGGGGUCCUCCCUGGGUGGGCUUCCAGUGGGGCUGUGUCCGGCCUUGCAAGCUCCUCCCCUCUCUAGCCCUUCUGACUCCCGCUGUGGAAGGAUGCCUCUAAGGGCAGGGGUAUGUAUGUCUCUCUGUCCAUCCACCCUCCCCAGGGGCUGAGUCUUUUCCUGGGCAGAGGGGGAAGGGGGCCUCGGCCCUUGCCCAAGACCCACUGCUGUGUUGUCCCUCCAGGAACGUGGGCGUGUUCCCUGGGGCUGUCCACCCCACCGGGUGGGCUCUGCAGGAGCCUGGCCCUUCCACCUACACCCUGUGGGAGGCCCAGACCCUGCACUCGGAGGUGGUCAUUAAAUGUCUGUUGAACAAAAACAUGGAUGAUGGUGUCUCCUGUGGGCCUCCCCAGUGAGGCGUGACUGAUGUGAAACUGGCUGGAGGGCAUCUGGACAGCGGCUGGGAGGCCUCUCGCUGAGCUCUGGCCUUGGGAUGCACCCAGUCCUGGCCAGGCCCUCUGGCAGGAGGUGAGAACAUGGGGCAGGGCUGAGUUUCCAUAUGUGGCCAGGCCUACUCCUGUGUCUCCUGACCACGGAUAGCGUCUCCCUGCCUUUGGGCCCUCCUGUUCUGGGCACCUUUGUGAGAGACACCAUCUUAGGACAGUGUCCUCACCCUAGAGUUGAAGGCAGGAGAUGAAGGACAGUCAGGACCCUCAUGGGCUCAGCAGACCUGGGUAUUGGAGGCUGAACAGCCAGGGAGGGCCGAGACCCCACGGGACUGGCUGUGGGCCUGGGUCAGGUGAGCAUGAGGUGGGGCUGCACCACCCAGGUGACCCUUUGGCUUUGAGUUCCCUGCUGGGCGGGGGUUCCCCCAGCAGUGAUGCUUCAGCAAGGCCUGCUGCAGGGGGUAGGAAAGCAGGGUAAGGGGCCGUGGUGGAGGGUCUGUUCAGCACCCUGGCCUCUGGGGCCUCAGCAUCCAUCUCUAGAGAGACCCCCCCCAUCCCCACCCACCACUCGGGGAGGGGGCGCCAGCUGACCCACACCUGUCUGGCCUCUUUCUGAUGCCCCAGUUGGGAGUCCCCUCCGGCAAUCUCAGGACUAGCACUGGGGCAGGGACUGUGGGGAGGUGGGCAGGGGCCACCAGCCUGGCAGAUUUAGGCUGGGUGGCCUCCCUGGGCUCUAAGUGGUCAGCAGUCCAGUCCAGGGGUAGGGGCUGGAUCUCCCAAGGCCUGGUGUAGCCUUGGACAGGAGUGGGGUGACGGUGCGGGACAGAAGGGAGGAGUCACCCUGGCUGUCCCCUGCACCCUACUCCUUCUUUCUGAGGCCAGCUUGGCCUCCCUGGCUUCUGAGAUGGCCUGCAGCCUCCAGGGCCAUGUUCCUCUGGUAGCCCCCUCCCUCCACCACAGAAGCAAGUCUGCUGAUGCACAGGAGUGUCUUGCCCAGGGCAAGGCAGGGGGUGGGCAGGGGCUGCCAGCAGGCAGCUGUACACAGUGCCUGGGUCUGGCCAGCCCUAUCCCGUGUGCCCCCAUGACCCAGUGGGUCUCAGAAUGGAGAGCUGGGGCCACCAGUUUACACCGAUGGAUGCUCUGUGACCUCGGCCCCUGGGCUCUGCUGGCACUGGGUGCCUGGCUCAUGGUGGGGGUUGCAGGCAGGGACACACAGGGCACACACCCCGCCCCCCACCCCACACAUACACGAGCUACCUGAGACCCCUCCCCCCAACCCCACCCCUCUGCCCAGGGCCCCAGAUGGACUCCGUAGCCAGGGUGGAGGCCAUGUCCCGGCAGCCCUGGGGGAGUAGGGAGAAGGGAAGGGCUUGGCCCCUCCCUCAGCAGGUUAGGAUUGGGGUGGUCUGCUGGGGUCCCAGCAACUUGACUCCUUGUUUGUCCCUGGGUGGGGGUCUUCUGUGCACUGCCACAGGAGCUGGUUCCCAGGACCGGGGUGGGGUUGAGGGCAGCAGCCUCUCUGGGACAGGCCCCUGUAACAGGUGGUAACUGUGUCCUGCUAUUUGUGGCCAGGGGGGCCACAGUUUUCCCACCGACACUCCCCACACCCUCCUCCAGAAAUCCUGGGAAGGAUUCACCAGGAAGGAGCCCAGAUGUUCUUAUCAAACGUUUUUUAUUAGAGGGCUGGACUGACAAAAACAUCAGAGUUUUCCUGCUGUACAUUAAAUAUGUUUCCAAACUUCACACGCAAUCAAGCUGCCCCAGAAGAGCGGAGGGCUGGCAG